UGAACAGUAUGGUUUUAGUUAACAGACGGUUUCACAAUUAAUUUCACAAGAUGCGGAUUUCACUUCCUGUGCUCCUGUGCCUUACUUUGGCUGCCUGCAGAAACAUAGACUAUCAGGAUGACUUUGCCAUGGGUGAACGACAAGAAGGCGAUUGCCUCAUUUCUAAUAGAACUAUUUUCAAGCCUUCCAUUUCUGGGAAAUCCAUGAUAGCAACGAUCGGUGUAAGUGCCCCAAAAAAUGGAUAUCUCACUUUUGUUAAAAUCACAAAUUUAAGAGAUCAACAGACAAAAGUUGUACCAAAGAAACUUAGUCAAACAAAAGUAGUAAUGUUCGUAAUAGGAAAGCGCGGGGAAGGAAUGCAUGUACGCGUGGAAGGUUAUGCAAAAAGCAUUUUAACAACACCUGCUCCAAGCACGACUACUACUGAACCUAAUGAUGAAGACAACAGCAAAUCUAGUAGCGAAGAAAGUAAAAGCACAUCUGAAAGUAGCAAAGAAAGUAAAAGCACAUCUGAAAAUAGCGAAGAAAGUAAAAGUACAUCUAAAAGUAGCGAAGAAAACAAUGGCGAGGGAAACAACGCAUUAAACAACGGAAAUGGAAAUAAUUCAGCAGAAGGUGGCGAUGGAGGAAAUAGCGCACCCAAUGGUGGGGAUAGAAACAACAAUUCAGCCGAAGGUGGCGAUGGAGGAAAUAGCGCACCCGAUGCUGGGGAUGGAAACAACAACUCAGCCGAAGGUAGCGAUGGAGGAAACAGCGCACCCAAUGCUGGGGAUGAAAACAACAAUUCAGCCAAAGGUGACGAUGGAGGAAAUAGCGCACCCAAUGCUGGGGAUGGAAACAACAAUUCAGCCGAAGGUGGCGAUGGAGGAAAUAGCGCACCCAAUGCUGGGGAUGGAAACAACAAUUCAGCCGAAGGUGAUGAUGGAGGAAAUAGCGCACCCAAUGCUGGGGAUGGAAACAACAAUUCAGCCGAAGGUAGCGAUGGAGGAAAUAGCGCACCCAAUGCUGGGGAUGGAAACAACAAUUCAGCCGAAGGUGACGAUGGAGGAAAUAGCGCACCCAAUGCUGGGGAUGGAAACAACAAUUCAGCCGAAGGUGGCAAUGGAGGAAAUAGCGCACCCAAUGCUGGGGAUGGAAACAACAAUUCAGCCGAAGGUGGCGGUGGAGGAAACAGCGCACCCAAUGCUGGGGAUGGAAACAACAAUUCAGCCGAAGGUGAUGAUGGAGGAAAUAGCGCACCCAAUGCUGGGGAUGGAAACAACAAUUCAGCCGAAGGUGGCGAUGGAGGAAAUAGCGCACCCAAUGCUGGGGAUGGAAACAACAAUUCAGCCGAAGGUGGCGGUGGAGGAAACAGCGCACCCGAUGCCGAGGAUGAAGACAACAACUCAGCCGAAGGUGGCAAUGGAGGAAAUAACGCACCCGAUACUGAAGAUGGAAACAGCAAUUCAGCCGAAAGGGGCGAUGGAGGAAAUAGCGCACCCAAUGGUGGGGAUGGAAACAACAAUUCAGCCGAAGGUGGCGAUGGAGGAAAUAGCGCACCCAAUGCUGGGGAUGGAAAUAACAAUUCAGCCGAAGGUGACGAUGGAGGUAAUAGCGCACCCAAUGCUGGGGAUGGAAACAACAAUUUAGCCGAAGGAGGCGAUGGAGGAAAUAGCGCACCCAAUGCUGGAGAUGGAAACAACAAUUCAGCCGAAGGUGGCGGUGGAGGAAACAGCGCACCCGAUGCCGAGGAUGAAGACAACAACUCAGCCGAAGGUGGCGAUGGAGGAAACAGCGCACCUAAUGCCGGGGAUGAAAACAACAACUCAGCCGCAGCUGGCGAUGGAGAAAACAGCGCACCCAAUCCUGGGGAUGGAAACAACUCAGCCAAAGGUGGCAAUGGAGAAAACAGCGCACCCGAUGCCGGGGAUGGAAACAACAAUCCGGCCGAAGGUGGCGAUGAAGGAAACAGCGCACCCGAUGCCGGGGAUGGAAACAACAAUUCGGCCGAAGGUGGCGAUGGAGGAAAUAGCGCACCCAAUGCUGGGGAUGGAAAUAACAACUCAGCCGAAGGUGGCGAUGGAAGAAACAGCGCACCCGAUGCCGGUGAUGAAGACAACAACUCAGCCGAAGGUGGCGAUGGAGGAAACAGCGCACCUGAUGCCGGGGAUGGAAACAACAACUCAGCCGAAGCUGGCGAUGGAGAAAACAGCGCACCCAAUCCUGGGGAUGGAAACAACAAUUCAGCCGAAAAUGGCGAUGGAGGAAACAGCGCACCCAAUGCUGGGGAUGGAACCAACUCAGCCGAAGGUAGCGAUGGAGGAAACAGCGCACCCGAUGCCGGGGAUGGAAACAACAAUUCGGCCGAAGGUGGCGAUAGAGGAAAUAGCGCACCCGACGCCGGGGAUGGAAACAACAAUUCCGCCGAAGGUGGCGAUGGAGGAAAUAGCGCACCCAAUGCUGGGAAUGGAAAUAACAACUCAGCCGAAGGUGGCAAUGAGGGAAAUAGCGCACCCGAUACCGGGGAUGGAAAUAACAACUCA